AUGGCACCAUCGUUUUUUCUAAAGCCCCGUCAAGCACAGCCACGUUAUAAACUACCACUUGUGUUAUACAUAACCUCUAUCCUAUUCUCCGGCUUCCUUUUUUAUUGGUCCGGAAUAUACUGUCGUUACAACCGAUGUGGAGAAUCAAUAGUAUGGCCGGAAAGGAAUCGACAGUAUGCACAGUACUUUCCUAUGUUGACGGCUCCGCUCAUUGCCAUGAUCUCAUUAUCCUGGCUGGUCACGAAUGUUUUCUACAUCAACAGCCCAUGCUCAAUAGCCUAUAACUGCAUGGAAAUGCCAAGCGCGGUGUUCUGUUCAUUGCUAGCCGGCAUUUCUGCAGUUAUCGAAAUUCACUACUCGAUCGAUUUCAAUCAUCUCGAGUGGAGUGAAAAGUGGAGCUGGGCCGCUGCCGAUUCCAUUGCCUUAUGCGCCGUUCACGCCGUUCUAGCGUUUGCCCUUCAAUAG